AGUUGUUGAUGUUGAGUGAUCGAUUAAUGAAAACAAUAAUAAAAAAUUGAAUUUAUAAAUUAAAAGUUACUGUCUUUUAGCAACAAGUCGUGUUAAAUAGUCACAUACUCCUUCCGAAAUGGAUAUAGAGAUGAAAAACGUAGUAGAUGACAUACAAUCAAGUGUUAUUUGCCGAUGUUGUUUGGAUUCUGGUUGUUUUAAAAAUAUUUCAACGGAAUAUUAUAAUUCUGGACAUAAAGAAGUAUAUGGAGAUAUGUUAAAGUCUACAUUUGAUAUUGAAGUAUUCAAUGAACCACAGACCACCAACCACUAUAUAUGUGACCCAUGUAUCAUACGCUUACGAGAUGCAACAACAUUCAAACAGAUGGUACUACAGAAUGAGGAACAUUAUCAACACAUGACUAGAAGUAUGAAAUGGGAACCGGAAAUAGAAUCAAUAGAUGAUGUGAAAUCAGAUAGCAUUAAAUAUGAGCCGCCUGAUGUGGAGUUUAAUGACGACAGUUAUGAAGAGGAAAAUGACGAAUUAUUAGAUGAAGUAAAAAACGAGAUAGCACCCAAGAAAACUAUAUUGGAAACUGAAAUAAAUAUAACAAGAUUGAGAAAUACUAAAAAGCAAAUAGAUAAAGAUUGGACGAAAAUAGCAGAACGGCGCGGCAACGGACCCAUUCUACGAGAUAAUUCGUUAAAACUCCUCGCGAAUUCCACUAUUUUAAUAUUUCAAUGGGACAAAAGUCGCUACAGAUGCUUUUGCUGCAAAGAACCAUUUUCAGACAUGAAUCUAUUAAGAGAACACAGCACAACAACACACACUCUCAAAGAAAUCGAGAAAAAAAUAAUCGAUAAACAAAAUCGUUUCGUCAAAGUCGAUAUAUCGAUUCUAAAAUGCAAACUGUGCAACGAAACGUUGCAGAAUUUAAAAAGUUUACAAACUCAUUUGACAGUUGUACACGAUUUGACGUUUGAGUUGAACGACCAUCUUUUGAUUCCGUUUAAAAUUGGCGCGGAAUUGUCUUGUCAGAUAUGCGCGGAGAAGUUUCACGUUUUCCGACUUUUAAACAUUCAUAUGAAUAAACAUUAUCAAAAUCAGGUUUGUCACGUAUGCGGGGCGGGAUUUUCAACGGCUUUAUCCUUAACUAUUCACAAAUCUCGAUGUCAUAAAGCUAUUAAGUGUAGAUUCUGUGAUGUGACGUUUAAAAAGCGGCCGGAAAAGCGACAACACGAAAUUCAAGUUCACAAUGCGAAGUAUGAACGGAAAUUAAGGUUUCCCUGUCCGUAUUGUUCUGAAAGGUUUUUUCAGGAGAAUUUACGUGUGGAACACCUAAUAAGGGAACAUGGUUAUAAAACACCGGAGUUUCGAUGUAAGUUUUGUUCGAAAUGCUUUAUUACCAAGAGUUUAUGCACGAAUCAUACGAAGAUAGUGCAUUUAAGGGAGAGAAAAUAUGAGUGCGAUGUAUGUCAUGGCAUGUUCUUUAGGCAAUGCGAUGUAAUUCGACAUAAAGUGAAACACACUGGCGAGAAAAACUUCUCUUGUACGGAGUGCAAUAAUUGUUUUGCUAGUAAAGACUCUUUGCGGCGUCACAUGAAGAGGGCGUAUGAUUGUCGUAAUAUGAAAUAAAGUUUAUAAAAAAUC